GACAGAUCUAAUUUUCCUCACUAUUAAAAAAAGACGUGUCCUAUCUUUGCUUCUGCACUGGCAGCUCAGAUAACCUUUAAGGAAUGUACAGGAUGACGCCAGAAUUAUUUUGGGCUGUGAUUCAGAUGUUAAAAUUAGCGAAAAAGGUUGCAGGGUAGAUUACCAAGGAGAGCAGAGAUAGUUGUGCUUUCGACCUAGAUGUAGCUCUUGUAUAGCGAGACCAUGAAAAGCAACGAUUUCAGCCAAGAGUAAAGGCAGAGCAAGGAUAACAUCAAUAUAUGCCCAAAGGCGUCAACAACAUGGCAAGCUCUGAUAUCCAAGUGAGCCGGUAUGAGACCCCAACAGCUUCUGAACUGCACAGACUGAUGUGGACAAAGAAAGGGAGCAACAACCAUAUGGACGAAAUUUACCCCGGGAUCUAUAUUGGAGACAUGUAUGCAGCUAAAGACAAGAAGACACUCCAGGCUCACCACAUCACUCAUGUGCUAAACGCUGCUGAUGGAAAAUUCAAUGUCAAUACAGGACCCAGUUUUUACAGGGACACCACCAUCACUUAUUAUGGAGUGGAAGCUUUUGACAUGUCGUCCUUUGACUUGAGUCCCUUCUUUUACCCAGCGGCCAAUUUUAUUAAGAAUGCUCUAAGUCUGCCAACAGGCAAGGUUAUUGUCCACUGCGCAAUGGGGCUGAGCCGCUCCUCUUCCUUGGUUCUGGCAUACCUGAUGAUACACAAGAACAUGACUCUGGUGGACGCCAUCAAAGCAGUCAGCGCCAACAGGAAUGUUUCACCCAAUGAGGGAUUCCUGGAGCAGCUCCGAAGUCUGGACAAAAAGCUGCACUGCCAUUAACCAGCUGCAGCAUCAACAAGUUGAAGUAAUUACGCUUAAUUAUAUGAUUGCCUCCUGCUAAUAUCUAUGUUUAAAUCUGUUAUUAUAAUAAAUAUAUUCUGUUAAUUGUU